AUGAGCUCCCAUUCGGGUUCUCCGCACUCGCCGCUCGAUCUAGAUAGUGAUAUGGAUUUGUGUGAAGCCUAUUCUUCUGCGAGCGACUUAGACCUUGACCUCCUUACGCAUGGUCUUUCGGGCAUCCCGAAACUUUGGCAUCGAAAUAAUUCAUCUGAUUUCAAGAGCACGUCACCGGAAUCCCUUCUCUCAAUUACGGCCAGAUACAUCGCAGCCAAUUUGCCUUUUGAGGUUGUCGAGUUGAGUCCUUUCACGGUUCCAGAAGAACUCCAAAAGCUGAUCGCAUUUUACAGUUUCCCAACCGAUGAAGCUGAUAUUUGGUUGUAUUCUUGCCUGAGUGUUGGCGGGUCUUAUGCUUUUACCCAGGGCGAACUGCUGUGGGCGAAGGGCGCGGUUCGUGACUGCAUGCAAAUAGGAUUUCAUCUCAGUGCUAAUGUUGUCACUGGUGUGGGUCAGACUGUAAUGAGCCCACCGGUGCCAGAGACCACUCUUCCCCCAGUUCCUCCCAUCUCUAAUCUUCCACCGUCCGUAAUGCAAGACCAACUGCAACCGCAUACUGCAUUCGAAUUAAAGCCAAACACCGUUAUUCAUCGUGUGUCCCUGGCAUUUGAUCGGCAACGAAUCACAUCUUGCUCCUGUACAUGCACAGCUGAUAUUGAUGAAGAUGUUCAACUGUACAGGCCAGCUCCCUUUUUGCCUCCACCCGUGGAUAAUGACCGCUUCUCAGCCACUGCCCAAGGCUCAAAUACUUAUCUUCACUCCUACUACACUCCCGACCUUAUGGCCUUUUCGCGCACCGCCCCUGCACCCAAUUAUGCAUCAGCAAUUUCCGCCGUCCCUGGUAUUGUCGGCGAACAUGCCUCAGCCGCCGCUGCUGCUCGCUGCUUCUCGGGUUUUGUUUCGCCCUAUGGUAUUUGGUGUUCACAUGUUGUGGCUGCCUGCCUUUUGCGGAUUCGUUCGCCAAACAGUGUUCUUUUGCGCGCUCCGAUAUCUGAAUCGUUAUCAAAAUUAUCCAAAGUGGAACUGCAGAAGUUUGCACAGAACUUAAUCUGUCAGAUGGGAGCUAAAAAGGUAAGCCCUGAAAUAAGUCUACAUAAAUUCUUGCGUGAAAUAUUAUGA